CACAAAUCCAAUCAGCCUUGCCAUCUUCUUUUCUUUCCCACCUCAUCCAUUGCCGAUCUGCUAAGCACUCGAGUAGUCGCUUUCGGUACGUAAUUUGUGGUAUCGACAACUGUGCGAUUCCGCGAGUCAUCCUCGACGCGCUGCCGUUAGCUCGGUGACUUCAUCGACAUGGCAUCAGAAGCCUGCUCGACGCAAUCCGACUGUCCAGCUUCCCGUAGCAUCGCUGUUGAUGUCUGUCCAGCGGGCGCCGCCGCAGAGGGGCAGGACGGAGGCCACGAGGCUGCAGGAGCGCGCGGUCGUGGCGCGGAGCGAUUGGUGCAUUUGAUUCCUGUCGUCCUCAUGCUCUCGAUGGCGGUCCUCUGGACCUUCCAGAAAGACGUUGAAUUGUCGCCAUCGGUUGUGCAUUCCUCGUCGCAUCUCUCCAUCUCCUCGACUCUGCACCCGUCGUCAUUCAAAGCGGAUCGACGAUUGCUGGACGGAGCCGUGCAUUCGUCCGAUGUAGUCGACUCGGCCGCGGUUUCGCCAAAUCACCGCCGGUCGACACUCGGGGCGGGGAGCACAGGCGACGACUCGACGGCACGCGACGAGGCGCAAGAGGGGAGCCUGGGUGCCUCGUUUCGGGCGCUGCAGGAAUUGCUGAGGCCCCUGGGAAUGGCGUGACAGGUGGCAGCUGAACUGAAUUCGCGUGGCGGAGCGACGCGAAAUUGCGAGUGUUUUCAAGGAGGCCCACAUACGUCCCGAGUCCCGACGAUCAGAUACGCUGGUUAGACUAGUUGCGUUGCUGCGCGGUGCCUUGGCAUCCAAUAAGGGACGGCCGUCGCGCUGGUGUUGACCAGUUGGGCGUGCUGUGUGUCGAGGUUGUGCUCCGCCGCCGAGUGUCUUGCUUGGAGGUGGAGCAGGCGUCUAGCUUAGAAUACUGCCAUGUGCACAUCCGCGAUUGUUCUAAUAUGUUGUAUUAGCCAUAUUUAUGUGCAUUU